AUGUCUCCUGUAGGACCUGCACAGCUCAAAAUCAUUAUCAUCGGCGCUGGCAUAGCAGGACUCUCGGCGGCAAUUACCUGUCGACGGGCAGGUCAUUUGGUCGAAGUCUAUGAACGCUCCUCAUUGAAUAACGAAAUUGGUGCUGCCAUUCACAUUCCACCAAAUGCUUCCCGGGGACUGCUCGCAUGGGGUUUCGACACAGAAAGGGCAAAACUCGUGACAUGCAAGCGCAGUUAUCGAGCGCAUGGUACGUCGUUGAAAACGUUCCAUAAAACAGAUGAAAGCUAUAUGGAGUCGACUUUCGGUGCUCCUUGGUUGUUGGCUCAUCGAGUAGAUUUGCAUGAGGAGCUGAAAAGGCUUGCGACUGGGAGCGAUGGCGAAGGAAAGCCUGCUGUGGCUUAUUUAAAGUCAGAAGUUAUUUCCUAUGAUUAUGAAGCUGGAUCGGUUACACUUGCUAGUGGCAGAAGUAUAACAGGUGAUCUGGUAGUCGCCGCCGAUGGAGUUCACACUUCUGCUGUUGAAGCAAUCCUUGGAACAUCAAAUCCAGCACUACCAACGACGGGUUACAACUUUGCCUAUCGAUUUUUGAUCCCUGCAAAAGCGUUAGACUCGGAUCCUGAAACGGAGUGGUUCGGUAAAGGAGAGAAUGGCUGUAUGAAGUUCUUUGUUGAAGAAGGGAUAAGACUAGUUUCCUACCCGUGUCGAAACAAAGAGGAGCACAAUUUUGUUGCCAUCUUCCAUAGUGAUGUGAUCGGUUCUCGAGAGGAUUGGCAGACGUCAGUCGACAAAAGUGCUCUCUUAGAUAGAUACUCUAGCUUCCAUCCUUCACUUCUUGCAGUUCUCAACAAAGCAACCGACAUUAAGCAAUGGCCCCUUCUUUUCCGCGCACCAAUUCCAUCCUGGCACAAAGGAAAGUUGGUUCUCCUUGGAGAUGCUGCACAUCCGAUGUUACCUCACCAAGGACAAGGAGGAGCACAAGGAAUCGAGGAUGCGGUAGCUCUUGGGAUGGUGCUGACGAACUGCACGCUGGAUACUCUUGGAGAGCGGAUAGGGAUUUUUGAAGAUAUCCGCAUCAAGCGAGCAAGCGUAAUACAGAUAUUCAGCAACGCCGGCCAGGACGAACCCGAAAAGAUACGGAGAGAUGCGGCCAAGUUCAUACCUGCAGAUACAGUGCCCAAAACUCCCGAGGAAUUUCACAAGUUUAACUUUGGAUAUGAUGUUGUGAGGCACUCUACACAAUCAAUUGAGGAGCGGUAUCCAGAGUGGGUAUUGCCAAAGAAGUUCUUUGAGCAUGAGCCAAGACGAGGAGUAUACCCGUGA